GAGCACUUGGUGGAGCUGCUGGCGGCGGCGGCGGGCGUCGGGGCUUCGAGUUCUCCCGAGUCCACGCUGAGGUUCCUCAAGGCUGCCCUUUACGACUCGGGGGACAUCGCAGUCUUCGUCGACGGCGUGGACGAGAUUUGCCCUUCCUACAAGGACAAGCUCGUCCGACUCUUGGAGAUGUUGCUGGAGACAAAAGCGCGGCUUGUGUGGGUCUCGUCUCGCCCGGAGGCUGCGUCUGCGCUCACUAAGGCGUUACGUUGCGCGACAUCUACCCUUCGCCCGUUCUCCGAAGAGGAGCAGAAGAACCACCUCUGUGGACACUGGUCGUCUGUCGACCCACGCAACCGCCCCCCUGCGGCGUUCGAGAGCCUCGCCGCCGAGAUGGUGGCAGCCCUGCAUGGCGCAGCGGGGCGCGGCCAGCGCAGCCUGCUGGACGUCCCGCUGCACGCGCAGAUGGCGGCGGAGGCGUACGCAACGCAGGCGGCACGGGCCCUGGGCACAUGGGUCAGCCUGCUUCCGCAGUCCGGCAUCAGUCUCUACCAGCUCUACCGUCGCUUCGUGGAGAGGAAGAGAGACUUGUUUGAGAGGCGCUUUGGGCUGAAGGAUGCAAAUUUUACAAUUCUGCCUUAUGGAGACAACUUUGAAGAAGUCUCCGAUGGUACAUUCAGCAACGUUGACUCCUCGUCAUUCAGAGACUACCUAGACAAAAACAGACAUAAUCUUAACAAAGAGAAAACAGGAAUCUUAUGGUUGGGAGAUGAAGAAGUUGAAAUGCCGCAUUUCCUGCAUUACACCUUUAUCGAAUAUUUUGGCGCGUGCUGGCUGUUGGAAAACCAAGAGAAAGUGUCCGAGGUUGCAAAGGAGGUGUGGCUUCGCCUCCUGGACCGCGAUGUGGGCGUGGGGGUGAGGCACAUCCUGGAGCACAUGCUGUCGGACGGCCUCCCACUGCACCGGGCCGUGCUGGAGGGCAGCGAGGGCGCGCUGGAGGCGGCGCUGGAGGCUGGAGGCGACGCCGACGAGAGCGACCGCUUCGGCCGCACGGCGCUGGUGCAGGCGGCGUCGCUGGGCCGCGCCGACGCCGUGGUCGCGCUGCUCGCCAAGGGCUGCGACCCCGGGCGCAGGGACGCGCUGCUGGGCUGGACGGCGCUGCGCUACGCCAGUGCCUGCGGCCACCUCGAGGCGGCGGAGCGACUGCUGCGAGGGGGCGCCGACCCCGACCACUUCAUAUUGGAUAUUAUCUUAAACAAAGUAUGCGGAACAUGUACAGACAUCCAAUUUCAAUGGAAAGGAACGCCAGUGAUAAUAGCAGCAAAAUGUGGACACACGAAAACUGUACAGAUUUUAUUGAAGAACGGUGCGAAUGUGAUGGAAAAAGACAACUGUAACAGACAACCCAUUCACUACGCAGCAAGCGGUGGAAAAUCCGAGAUAACAAAGCUGCUCCUCGAAAGUAAAGCUGAUCCUAAUGCAGACGACAUGGUGGGCGUUACUCCGUUAAUGUGUGCUGCGAAGUGUGGUGACGUAGAAUCCACGGACCUUCUUUUAGUUCACGGAGCCGACGUCAGUAAAAGGAAUAAGCGCAACAGGACAGCACUUCAUUACGCUACGAAGAAAGGUCAUGACCGGAUUACGAAGCUGCUCCUCGAAAGCAAGGCAGAUUACAACGCAGUAGACAAAAAGGGCAAAACUCCGCUAAUGUUGGCAGCAAAGUUAGAUCACGCAAAAUGCACGGAGCUCCUAUUACAACAGGGAGCCGACGUCAACCUAAAGAACAAGAGCUGCUGGACCGCGCUCCAUUACUCCACCUGCAGGAGUCAUCGCCAGAUCACGAAGCUCCUCCUGGAAGGCAAAGCUGACCCCAACGCGGUAGACAAAGAAGGCUUCACUCCGCUAAUGACGACAGCGGAGGCUGGCGAUGCGAAAUCCACGGCGCUGCUCUUGCAACACGGAGCGAACGUCAAUCAAUGUGACAACGGUCAGUGGACAGCGCUCCAUUACGCUUCUAUGAGGUGCCAUCACCAGAUUGCGAAGCUGCUCCUCGAAAGCAAAGCUGAUCCAAACGCAAUAGAUGAAGAUAGCGUCGCUCCGCUAAUGAUAGCAGUAUUGGUGGGUGAUAGGCGAUUGACAGGUCUACUCCUAAAGCAUGGAGUCGACGUCAAUAAAAGGAACAAAGACCAAUGUACAGCCCUUUAUUACGCUACAAAGUAUCGUCAUAACAAAAUUGCGAGGCUCCUCCUUAAAAGCAACGCUGAUCCUAAUGCUGUAGGCAAAGAGUGUGUUACUCCGCUAAUGUUGGCAGCAGCGUCAGGUGAUGUACAAACCGCCAAGCUCCUCUUGGAACACGGAGCCGACGUCAAUAAAAGAAAUAUUAGAACCUUGACGGCGCUCUAUUUGGCUACAAUGAAUGGUCAUCACCAGAUUACGAAGCUGCUCCUCGAAUGCAAAGUAGAUGUUAAUGCAGAAGCCAGUGACGGCUCCACACCGUUAAUGAUGGCAGCAGAGAAAGGUGAUGUACAAACCGCGAGGCUACUCCUAAAAUGUGGAGUCGACGUUAAUAAAAUCAAUAGCAGCAAUAUGUCGGCGCUCUAUUUCGCAACAAUGAAUGGUCACCAUGAGAUUACGAAGCUGCUCCUGGAAAACAAAGCUGAUCCUAAUGAAGUUGAUGAAGAGUGCAUUACUCCGCUAAUGUUGGCAGCAGCGUCAGGUGAUGCGCAAACCGUAAAGCUCCUCUUAGAACACGGAGCCGACGUCAAUAAAAGUAAUAUUAGAAACAUGACGGCGCUAUGUUUGGCUACCAUGUAUGAUCAUCACCAGAUUACGAAGCUCCUCUUAGAACAUGGUGCAGACGUCAGUCAAAGGACGAAAGACAACUGGACGGCGCUUCACUACGCUACAGAGAAUGGUCUUCACGUGAUUACAAAGCUCCUUCUCGAAAAGAAAGCUGAUCCUAAUGCAAGAGACGAAAAUGGCAUUACUCCGCUAAUGAUGGCAGCAACAGUAGGUGAUGAGCAAUCCACGCAGCUUCUCUUAGAUCAUGGAGCUGACGUCACUCAAAAGACAAAGGUCAACCGCACGGCGCUUCACUACACCGUAGCUAAAGGUCAUCACGAGAUUGCGAAGCUCCUUCUCGAAAGGAGAGCUGAUCCAAACGCAGUGCACGAAGAGGGGAUCACUCCGCUAAUGAUGGCAGCUGCGGCAGGUGAUGCGCAAUGCACGGAGCUUCUCUUAGAACAUGGAGCUGACGUCAGUCAAAUGGACAAGGAACACUGGACGGCCCUCCACUUCGCGACAAUGGAUGGUCAUCACGAGAUUAUGAAGCUCCUCCUCGAAAUGAAAGCUGGUCAUGACAGAGCUGUCGAAGUAGUCGUCACACCGCUAAUGAUCGCUGUUUGGGUGGGAAACGCGCAAUCCACGCAGCUACUCCUAGAUCAUGGAGCAGACGUCAGCCAAACGGAUGGGGAAAAGUGGACAGCGCUCCACUACGCUACAAUGAACGGUCAUCUUGAAAUUAUGAAUAUCCUCCUCGAAAGCAAAGCUGAUCCCAAUUCAGCAGACAGGCAGGGCGUCACUCCGCUAAUGAUGGCAAAAAUGGCGGGAGAUGCGCAAUCCAUGACGUUAUUCUUAGAACAUGGAGCGGACGUCAAAAGACAAAGGGCAACCGAACAGCUUUCCACUACACGAUACUGA